CAGAAAAAAAAAAACUAAAAUGCGUCCAAGCAAAGCUUCAGUGACCCAAACAUGGCUGCUUUACACACAGCUUUGUCUUUGGAAAGAUCUCAUAAUCAGGUGUGUCCGUCAGUUCAUUAUAAAAGCAAAAUCGAUGCUUCUGAGUCAAAACAUGGUCUCUGAUUCUUCAGCUGAGAUCAGUGUCAUCGACGUCAAGUCUCAUCUCCCCAUCGGGAAAGAUCCCAGUAGUAGUAGCUUUCAGAUUGCCGAAAUUAGAAUUCAUGAUUCCGUUUGUAUUGAGAUUCCUGGCUCUGAAGAAACGCCUCUGUUAGGAUCGGUCAAGAGUUGUUGUUCUGCAGCUGCAACGAUUAUUGAAGAUCCUGCUACUGAGUUUAUACCAAAUAUAAGCUCUGGGAGUUAUGCGGAUAAGGGUGACUACAGGGAGUACAUGGAAGAUGAACACAUAUGCAUAGACGACCUUUCAGUUCAUCUUGGAUCUUCCUUCUAUAGAUUUCCUGUGCCUAUAGCUUUCUACGGUGUGUUUGAUGGCCAUGGUGGAUCUGAGGCAUCACAGUAUAUUAAAGAGAAUGCAAUGAGUUUGUUCUUUGAAGAUGCUGUUUUUCGAGAAUCUCCUUCGGUUGUGGACUCUCUUUUCUUGAAAGAACUGGAGAAGUCUCACCGGAAAGCUUAUAGGCUUGCUGAUCUCGCCAUGGAAGAUGACAGAAUAGUUAGUAGUUCGUGUGGAACAACCGCCUUGACGGCUCUUGUAAUAGGAAGACAUUUAAUGGUAGCUAACGCUGGUGAUUGCCGUGCAGUGCUAUGCAGAAAAGGAAAAGCAGUUGAUAUGUCAUUUGAUCACAAAUCUACAUUUGAGCCAGAACGGAGACGGGUAGAGGAUUUAGGUGGGUACUUUGAAGGCGAGUAUCUCAACGGUGACCUUGCUGUUACAAGAGCUCUUGGAGACUGGUCAGUAAAGAGGUUUUCACCCCUCGGUGGAUCUUUCUCACCUCUGAUCUCAGACCCGGACAUUCAACAGAUGAUUCUAACAGAGGAAGACGAAUUCUUGGUUAUGGGAUGUGACGGUGUUUGGGAUGUGAUGACAAGCCAGUAUGCUGUCACUUUCGUCAGGCAAGGAUUGAGGAGACACGGUGACCCGAGAAGAUGCGCUAUGGAACUUGGAAGGGAAGCGUUGAGGCUUGACUCAUCAGAUAACGUUACAGUGGUGGUCAUCUGCUUAACAUCAUAUCCAGCUCCACAGCGGAGAAGAAUUCGGUUCUGUGUUUCAGAAGAAGCCCGAUCCCGGUUACAAACUCUGCUAGAAGGCUAACUCUUAUGAAGGUUUUUGAGCAGUCUUGAGGAGGGGACAAUGUCUAUAUUAUAGCAACAGAGAUGGGUUUUUGGAGAUAACAACCCUCGCAAGGCUAAAGAUUUAUUUGAUGACAUCUCUGAUAUUGGAUGAAAAUAAAAGGAGGCAAAAAGAGAAGAUGAAAGACUUCUCUGUGUUGUUCAUAAGUGUUGUAGUAGCCAUUUUUGAUCUGUUUGUUUGGGCUAUUUCUCCAGUAGGAUCAUUGAGCACUUAUGUACAAAAACUAAUUAAGAUUGAAGUUAUUCCGGUUAUAAAGUUAAUCAACUGAUUCUUCCC